AUGGCCCAAAUUACAUUUUUCUUUCUAAUAACCAUGAUUUUUACAUCAUUUUACACAAUAAAAGCAGCAAACCCAAAAUUUCCAGCCAUUUUAGUGUUUGGUGAUUCAUCAGUUGAUACUGGUAAUAAUAACUAUAUUUCCACAUUACUUAAGGCUAAUUACUUACCUUAUGGUGAAGAUUUUCCCGGAAAAAUUCCGACUGGAAGAUUUUCUAAUGGAAAACUUGUUCCUGAUUUAAUUGCUUCAGCUUUAGGUAUUAAAGAACUUGUUCCUCCGUUCUUGAAUUCAGAUCUUUCCGAUAAUGAAAUUAUUACGGGUGUUAAUUUUGCAUCCGCCGGUUCAGGUUUUGAUAAUUUAACAACUCGUGUUACUAGAGCGAUUCCAGUUUUGCAACAGAUUGAUUAUUUCAAAACUUAUAUUACAAGACUUAAUACCAUUGUUGGAGAAGAGAAAGCAAAAGGAAUAAUAAAUGGUGCAUUAGUGCUAAUUAGUGUAGGUACUAAUGACAUGCUUAUAAAUUUUUAUGAUAUACCAACAAGAAGAUUGCAAUAUGGUGUCAAUGGGUAUCAUGAUUUCUUGCUUGGUAUUUUCCAAGUUUUUAUUAAGGACUUAUAUGAUCUUGGCUGCCGAAAAUUUGUUGUUGCUGGCCUUUCUCCAUUGGGUUGUGUACCAUUGCAACUACUGAAAAUUAAUCGAAAUUUCAAUGAAAAAUGUUCUGAAGAUCAGAAUAUUGAUUCUAAAACUUACAACGUAAAACUUCAAAACUUGUUAUCUGAAAUGCAGUCGUCGCUCUCUGGGAGCAACAUUUUGUAUAAUAACGUUUAUGACCCCCUUCUCGACAUGAUAUCGAAUCCACAACAAUACGGUUUUGUAGAAACAAAGAGUGGAUGUUGUAGCAAUGGACCGUUAAAAUCAACAACUUUCAUAUGCAAUCCAUUGGGUCCAACUUGCAAAAAUCAUUCACAAUAUUUAUUUUGGGAUAUCAUACAUCCUUCUCUAGCAGUAUACCAACGAUUUGCACAAAAUAUGCUUGAUAAUAUUAUCCCAAAACUAUAGUAUAACUUUAUGGCGACACUCUUUAAACUCAAAUUUGAUAAUUAAUUUGUAAAUAAUAAA